UUUAUUUAAUUGAACUUUAGGCCCAUACAAAGACAAAUCACACAACAUAGACUACCAAAUAACCUCAGGCAAAAAUACACGAAAUAAAAGUCAAGUGAAAAUAGUUAUAAAUGUCUUUAUCAAUUAUGAGUGGCUAAACAUUAUCGACUUUUGGACACUGAUGCGCAGGAGAACCCCUAGCUGUCAAUCAAGCAGGCGCGGUGAACGGAUUAUGACGCUCAAGCGUUCCAAAUGACGCAACAAUACAGCUCCAGAACAGAGAAAGUUAAUGCCGAAGAUAUUAUUCGGUUCAACACUAAAACUGAGGUUUGACACGUGUGAUUUGAGGCUAGAGCUGGAGGACUCAACUCUGAAGACUGUUUCUGAAUUCACUGACCUGAAAUAAAACUUGUAGACCUUUCCUGCAGUCACUGAGGAGAUGGACACCUCUUCUUCUUCUGGACGAUCUCCGUCUCCUACUGGGACUGUCUUCUUACCCCCUCCUAUCAUGUGGAACAGUCUCUACAAGCAGGCAGAGAUGGAGGUUCACUUCCUGAGAGAAGAGAAGAAGACCUGUACAGAGAAGGAAGCCCACAUGCUUGAGUUGAGGGGGAAGGAUCGAACGAUCCGAAACCAGAAGAAGGAGAUGGACAGACUUCAAGUGUGUCUCUGGGAGGAGGAAAAGAAGAAGAGGAAUGGUGGAACGGAGAAGGACAAGAUCAUUGAACAAUUACAGUCUGAGUCAGACAAUCUAAGAGCCCUUUUAAAAGAUGAAAGGAGGAGAAGAAGAGUAGAAAGGGGUACAAUGACAGAGUGGAAGGCUGAGAUCCUGAGACUGAGGGAGGCAGAGAGCCAGAGGGAGGCAGAGAGCCAGAGGGAGGCAGAGUGCCAGAGGGAGGCAGAGUGCCAGAGAGAUGCAGAGAGAGAGAGAGAAGCAGAGAGACAGAGAGAAGCAGAGAGACAGAGAGAAGCAGAGAGACAGAGAGCAGCAGAGAGACAGAGAGAAGCAGAGAGACAGAGAGAAGCAGAGAGACAGAGAGAAGCAGAGAGACAGAGAGAAGCAGAGAGAGCCACAGAAGCAAUGGAGCACCAGAGAAAAAUGCAGGAGAUCCACAGACUCAAACAACUGCUGGAUCUACUGAUGGUGGACCUACAACUGGCCCACGUAAGACAUGUCAUUGUUAUUAUUAAAAGGCAGUGUAUAUUUACCCAGCUGAAAAUGAAUAGUGGCAGACAGCGGUACGCUAACCCAAUGUUAACUUUUAUUCCUUUCCUUUCCUUAACCCUUACCUUAACCUCACUGAAACUAUACCUAACCUUUACCUUAACCCAACCCUAGGUCCUGAACCUAACCUUCAUUUAUCUCAACCCCUAUGCCUUUCUUCUGCCGGUUGAAUAUCCACUUCCUUAUUAACGUCAUUACUGUUGUUGUUGUUGAUAACUGUAUCUGUGCAGGUUGUAAAUAGUUGCAUUAGUGAAACAUCAUUUGUAGGAGUCAUUUCUACAAGCAUAAACAUCAGAUGCAACAUUGUUGUAACAUCACACAAAUUGUAACAGGAAUUUCUCAAACCCCUAACUGAAUGGGCAACAAGGUUGUGUGUUUGUAUUUGUACACAUUGUGGACAUUGAUACCAUAAAAUAUCUCAUAAUGUUUUCAAACCAUGUCAAUACAUUAAUUGACAAUGAAUUGUCCAGAUGAAUUGAUCAAAAUGACCCUGCUAUUGAUGUUGUCCAGUGUUUGAUUCAAUUACCUAGCUCUAGGUUGUAUUUCUGUGUAUCAUUCUCUGCAAAUCCUUUGAAAGUAUGUCUUGGUCAUAGAUUAGCACUAAUUUCACCUUUUAAAAUGAAGCAAGAGAUUGAGAGAUUGAGGCUAUGGCAGAAAGUCAUGGAGGAUCAGCGACCAAGACUGGCCUGGAA